GGUGCCAGAUGAGAACUUGGUAGAGACUAAUCUUGUGCGGGUGUGGCGUUCGAGUUAAGUUUAAAAUGCGGGGUGGUGCUUGUUUAAUCUAUUUAUGUGCUAUUCUAGCCCCCGCACUAGGAGAAGCGCAAUUUUACGCCACUAAUAUUCACGACCAAAAUGGCUACGGCAGUCAUAGACUACCUGAACCUCCAGCGCAUCCUCAGCCACCCCAGCAUGGGAACCAUGGCCGAGGCACGCCCUGCUACACCGAGGACAAUAAACCUCAGAAAUGUGUGACGGCAUUCGUAAACGCUGCGUACAACGGCCGCAUCGACGUAAGCAACGAGUGCGGGAUUGUGCGGCCACAAGAGUACUGCCUCCAGACCGGCGGAUAUGGCGCUGCCAAGGAUUGUCGGAUUUGUGAUGCCACAGUACCAGGCUUGUAUCACCCAGCUCACCACCUCACCGACGUCGACUUGGACGACAACAAGACGUGGUGGCAGAGCGAGACUAUGUUGGAGGGCAUCCAGUACCCUAAUGAAGUCAAUCUUACUCUACAUCUCAACAAGGCAUUCGACAUCACAUACGUUCGUCUGUACUUCCGUUCACCUCGGCCGGAAUCGUUUGCAAUUUACAAGCGUACCUCACCAAACCACGACUGGACUCCUUAUCAUUUCUACAGUGCUACUUGCCAGGACACAUAUGGAAUACCGGAAUCUUUAUACCUCGGCAAGGACGAGACGCGCGCUCUGUGCACCUCUGACUUCUCCGACAUUUCGCCCCUGACGGGCGGCAACGUACCCUUCUCUACCUUGGAAAAUAGGCCGUCGGCCUAUGCCUUCGACACAAGUCCCCAGCUGCAGGAAUGGGUGACGGCGACCGACAUCCGAAUUGUGUUGGACCGACCCAACACUUUUGGUGAUGAAGUUUUUGGGGACCCGAAGGUGCUGCGGUCAUAUUUCUAUGCUAUCUACAACUUAGCCGUGGGGGGCAGAUGCAAGUGCAACGGUCACGCAUCCGAAUGCGUCGAGACGUCGGACUCGCAGGGCAUUCGUUCGCUGGCGUGCGUGUGCGAGCACAGAACAACAGGCCCGGACUGCAACGAAUGCUUGCCUUUCUAUAACGACAAGCCUUGGCAGAGAGCAACUGCUACUGAUGCCCAUGAGUGUCAACCGUGUGACUGUAACGGCUACUCGGAGCGCUGUUACUUCGACAAGGAUCUGUACGAGAAGACCGGCCACGGCGGCCACUGCCUCGACUGCGCCGGCUAUCGGGCGGGCCCGAACUGCCAGCGAUGUCGGGACGACUACUACGAACUGCAGAGCGGCGAGUGCAUCGCUUGCAACUGUGAUGAGCAGGGCUCGGUGAUCCUGCAGUGCGGCUCAGAAGGUCAGUGCUCGUGUAAACCCGGAGUAGCUGGCGACAAGUGCGAGCGCUGUCAGGAGAACUACUUUGACUUCGGAUCUCAAGGCUGCAAAGCGUGCGGCUGCAACAAGGCGGGCAGCUAUGCCAACGAGCCGAACUGCGACUCGCGCUCCGGCAUCUGCUCGUGUAAGCGCAACGUGGAGGGCCAGCAGUGCGAUAAGUGCAAGCCUGGCUACUUCAACCUCGAUGAGGAAAAUGAGUUCGGCUGCACACCUUGCUUCUGUUAUGGACAUUCUUCCAUAUGUCAAUCCGCUGGCCGAUAUUCUAAAGGCGUAAUAGAGAGCGGCUUCAGGCGCGGGGCAGAGCGCUGGGCGGGCGAGGACUGGGGCGGCCGUCCCAUCGCCGUCACAUACGACGCCUCCGCCAGGAUACUUGCAGUCUCCACCAGGGGGCCUGAUAAAGUCUACUUCCUCGCACCUAACCGGUUCCUGGGCGACCAGAGGUUCUCGUACAACCAGUACCUGAAGUUCCAGCUGCGCAUUGCUGGCACGCAGGCUCAGGCCAGCACUGAAGACAUCAUCCUGGAGGGAGCUGGACUCGUGGUCUCAGCCCCCAUCUUUGCCCAGAACAACCCGCUGCCCAAUGAACAGUUGCAAGAAUAUUCGUUCAGGCUUCAUGAAGACCAAAAGUUUGGCUGGUCACCGCGCCUGAGCUCUCGGGACUUCAUGGCGUUACUCUCCAACUUGACGGCGCUGAAAAUCAGAGCAACAUACUAUUAUGAAGGUCGCGGUUACUUGGACGACGUGCGGCUUGAAACGGCCCGGCCCGGUCAGUUCGGGUUGCCAGCGAGCUGGGUGGAGAUGUGCACGUGCCCGCUAGGAUACGUGGGCCAGUACUGCGAGUCCUGCGCUCCGGGCUUCAGGCAUGAUCCUCCCAACGGCGGACCCUUCGCAUCCUGUACGCCCUGCAACUGCAACAAUCAUGCGGAUGUUUGCGACUCUGAGACUGGCCAGUGCAUCUGCAAGCACAACACGGCAGGCAGUCAGUGCGAGCGCUGCGCCAAGGGCUUCUACGGCAACGCCCUCAGAGGGCAGCCUGACGACUGUACGCCCUGCGACUGUCCUGACGGCGGCGCCUGCAUCAAGCUUCCUGAUGAGACUGUCGUGUGUCUCGAGUGUCCUCAGGGAUAUGCGGGUCCUCGGUGCGACAUUUGCACGGACGGUUACUUCGGCGACCCUCAGGGACGCGUCACCCUCACGCCGAAGCCGUGCGAGAAGUGCGACUGUAACGGCAACAUCGACCCCAACGCCGUUGCGAACUGUAACCGCACCACGGGCCACUGCCUCAAGUGCAUCUACAACACCGGCGGCGCCUUCUGCGACGAAUGCCUGCCCGGUUUUUACGGAGAGCCGCUGGUGCAAGGCGACUGUAAACCCUGCCGCUGCAAUCACUACGGGACGGUGCCGGAGACAUACGGACCACCCGUGUGCAACCAAGUGUCGGGGCAGUGCCGCUGUAAGGAGCAUGUCACUGGACGUAGCUGUGACUCUUGCCAGCCUGGCUUCUGGAACCAUCGCAGUGGGAAUGGUUGCGAGGAGUGUGGGUGCGACCCAAUAGGGUCACUUAACGGCACCUGCGACCCGUUCACGGGUCAGUGCUUCUGUCGUGAGGGCGUCACAAGUCAGAAGUGCGACGUGUGCGAGCCUCAGCACUUCGGCUUCUCCCUGCAAGGCUGCCAGCCCUGCGACUGCGACCCCAUAGGUUCUGUGUCCCUGCAGUGCGACGCGACCGGCCAGUGUCAGUGCAAAGAGAACGUGGAAGGCCGACGCUGCGACAGAUGUCGGGAGAACACCUACGACAAGCAGGCCGGAUGUCGAGACUGUCCUCCGUGCUACACGCUCGUGCUGGACGCCGUGAGCAUCCACCGUGAGCGCCUUGCUGAGCUGGAGCGCCUGCUGGCGGACAUCGUGAGCAACCCGACGGUGCUCAACGACCAGGACUUCGAGCGCGCCCUCGCCCUCGUCAUGACGAGCGUGCAGGACCUGUGGGACGACGCCAGCCGCGCCGCUGAUCUUGGAGGAGGCCAGACGGUGGAGCGAACCCUGGACGAGCUGCAUGAACGCAUAGAGAAGGUGCAAGGGCUGGUGGAGGGCGUGAAGGAUGCCCUGCGUCAGGGUGGAGGUCUGGCCGAAGUGGGCCGCUCCAACAUCACCGCUGCUGAGACCAUCAUCGAGCAAGCCAGGGGGAUGCUCAGGGACGCCGAGACGUACCUGCAGAUCGACGGCAACGAGGCCCUGAACAAAGCCAUGGCGCGCUCGACGGAGUUCGGACAGCAGUCCGCACGCAUGUCACAGAUCGCCAGGAACGCUCGGCAAAAAGCUGAUGCACAAGAGGAGCAGGCGACGCACAUCGAGGAGGUUGCGUACGAGGCGCGCAACACCUCCCAUGAUGCCGUCGUGCUCGCACGCAAGGCCCUCGAUGAUCAGGCCAACAUGUCCGCCAUCAUCAGGAACCUGAAUGACGACAUGGACGACCUGGAGGGCUUGCACAACAGCACCAUGGCCCGGGCCCGCUCCUCCCUGGCCCGGGCGCUUGUCGUCUACGCUGAGGCCCUGUCCCUCAGCACCCAAGCCUCGGGGAUCCCCCUCCCCAACAUCGACGUGCCACAGCUGAGGCAGAAAGCUCAGGAUAUCAAGGAAACUGCCAUCAGGAUCAAAGCAGAGCUCGACGCUCUGACCAAAGAAAAGGGAAAUUUAUUGGUCGAAAUCGGAGUGGAAAUCGAAAGAGCAAAGGACCUUUUGGAAAGAGGUAUCCUGCAGCAACAAGUCACAGCCGAGCUUCUUGCUGAGGUGUUCGGCAACAAGCAGAAGGCGGAAGAGGCUGUAAAGAAGGCAGACAAGACACUCGAGGAGGCGCAGAACACGCUCAUGAUACUGGAAGAGUUUGACAAGCAAGUGCAGAGCAGCAAGGUUGCUGCUGACGAAGCGCUGAGUCGCAUCGCUGAGAUCGAGCGGCUCAUCGAUACUGCGGAGUCGCAGACCGAAGAGGCAGCGAACGCUCUCACGGGCGCCGAGGUGGACGCCCGGCGCGCUAAGGACAUCGCGAAGCAGGCGCAGGAGACUGCUGAAGAGGCCAGCAAGGAGGCCGGAGAGGUUCGGACUCGGUCGGACUCGACGAGGCUGGAGGCGAGCGAGCUGAAGCUGCAGGCGGAGAGCCUCAGCGACGCCGUCAAAGGCGCCGAUGCGAGGCUCAAGAAACACGAGGACCAGGCCAAGGAGGACAGCGUCCUUGUCUUGAGGGCGCAAGAACAGGCGACGACAGCAAGGAGUCGUGCUCUGGCUGCCAGUCAAAAGAUCCAGGAGGCGCAGCACAUGGUGGUUGAGAUCAUGCAGCUACUGGACCAAGUCUCAGAUCUGGACCCAGAAGUUCUGGAUGCUCUGGAACGUCGUCUGGAGGCCGCGACCAACACCUACAAGAUGAGUGGCAUCGAGUCAAGCGUCGCCGAACUUUCCGCCGCACGCACAUGGCAGCAGAAACAAAUUUCCAAUUACAUGGAGGAGAUCAGACUCCUGCAGCUCGAAGUUAGGAAUAUCUAUGAGAUCAAGAUAUCCUUGCCAGAUGGCUGUUACCGGCAGACUAAGCUAGAGCCUUAAUAUAUAGCAAACUAAUCCUUUGCAUGCCUCGUGCGUAGAACUUAAUGAGUGUCACAUCGUCGUUUGUUUGUGAGCGAGAGUAAAUCUUAAAACGCUUUGUACCUAAUACCCUGAUAAUAGUCAAGUUGUAGUUUUUCUUUGAAGAACUUAUUAGGAUCAGUUUUUCAUUUAGGGUAUCUGAUCUGGCAUUUCUGAAACGGAUGAACUCCUGUUUCGUGGUACGUUUUGAAGUCUGUUCACUAUGUUCAUGACAAGUAUUCAGCGAGAUCCGUUUGGUUCAGAAAGUACCUGAUUUUAUUUGAGAUAUAAUUCAGGUGUUCCAACUCAAUUCACCAUUGAAUUCAUAACGUUCACGUUGUACGAAAAAUUAUUCGCCAUCGAUAUCCUAUUAUUCGGUCUCUCAAGCAGUCGCUUUCGAUACUGCCUAUUUUUUAUUCUUGGAAUGUUUAAACAUGAUUUUUUCAAUAAUUAUUCAUAAUGAUUAAUUAAUCCCAAAAAGCACUUAUUUUUUGCAAUCAAAUAAUCAUAUUAAGAAUUUGUUGUCUCGACGAAAAUCAGUCUCUUAACGAUUUCUUCAUACAGAUUUUUUCGCGGUUGCCGCUUUAAUUAUUCAGUGUCAAAAAACAGAGACAUUCUUCUACUUUUUAAAAGGUUGACGUUUUUUUAAACGACUAAAAAUAAGAAGUUUAUUUGCAGAGACUGUUCAAGUAUUGUCCUACUAACCGGAAAUAAUAUUCGAUGUGUCUUAAGAAAUUAGUUUUAAUAUAAAGUUAAUUAAAUUCUUUACUUCGAGCUCUUGACGUGACUAACCCCUGUGUCGUGGUUGGAAUGGCUUUUACCAAUGUAAAUCAUGACAGUUGAUGUAAAUUACAUGAUAUCAAGACUGAAAUGUAAUCUGUUUAAAGCUUUCACUUUCAUAUAAUGUUUUGUUUUUUAUUUUUCAAUCUCUGUCAUUUGUGUCAUUUGUGACAGCUCAAAAUGUAAAAUUAAAAAUAUUUUGCCUCCUGGAUCCAUUAAAAGUGUACUUUCCAAAAAAACUUUUUCGAAUUCUUA